UAAAAAAAUUCAUGAAAAUGAGGACGAUAGCGUUGUGUGCAAAUGUAAACAAACCAAUGCCGUAAUGCAAAAAAUUUCGAGAACUUUUUAAAGAAAAACUGUUUUUGGAAGCAAUUGUGAUUCCCAAGUGUAUCCCUAUAAAAGUAUGCUUAAAUGGUGAUUUUCAAGCAAUGUGUGAUCAUGCUAGACAUAAUAGUGAUUUUUACAUUCGGACAUGUUUCGCGGACGCAUCAGCCGCUCUCUCCGAAAUAGAAAAAGGACGCGCAAUUGGCGGUGGACUCUGUUUACGAGAGGCAUGUCAUCGGAGACUCGAUUUGUUGGGACGAUUUCUUCUCUCUCAUGCUGGGAAGGUCCUGUUUGUAUGGAUGUUAAUGGUAGCCACGUUCAGUGUGGGUCUCAAAUCAAGUCACAUUACUUACAGAUUAGAAGGAUUAUGGCUUCCAGAUUCAGGUCGAAUCGGCGAAGAGGUGAGUUACACAAUGUCAUAUCUUGGCGAAACCGAUUCAUGGAACAAUUUAAUGGUAAUACAAAUGCCGGAAGAUGUACCAUCACAGAACCAUUACGGGCACGAAACAAUGUCUGGACGUUUCAGAUAUAUCGAAGAGGACGCCGACGACAAUAUAUUGACACGCGAUGCAUUAAUCGCACACUUAAAUAUAAUCAAGAAAGCUUCACAAGUAUCGGUACAACUGUUCGAUCAAGAUUGGAAGUUAAAAGAUUUAUGCCAUUCAGCGACAAUGCCUACCUCAGAUUCUCAUUUUGUUAAUCGAAUUUUUGAGAAUAUAUCCCCUUGUAAUAUAAUCACACCGUUAGACUGUUUCUGGGAAGGAUCCAAGUUAUUGGGACCGGAUUAUCCUGUUAAUAUACCAGGAGUUGGAAAUCGUAAAUGGACGAAUUUAGAUCCACAAAAAAUAUUAGCUCAAAUGAAAGAAUUUCGAUAUAAUUAUCAAUUUCAUAUUCUGGAAGAGUAUUUAAAUAAAUCUGGAAUAACGACUGCAUACCAAUAUAAACCAUGUUUAGAACCUGAAGACCCAGAAUGCCCCGUAACAGCCCCAAAUUAUCAUAGUAAAGAGAUACCUGAUAUAGCAGCUUUAAUGAAUUCUGGAUGUAAGGGUUACGCCACCAAAUAUAUGCAUUGGCCCGAACAAUUAAUUUUGGGUGGAGUUACGAAAAAUAAGACACAUCAUAUAUUACGUGCAAAAGCACUACAAACCGUUAUCCAAAUAAUGGGAACGAAAGAUAUGUACGAAUUUUGGUCGGAUGGUAUAAAGGUAAAUCAUAUUGGUUGGAAUCAAGAGAAAGCUGCACAAAUAUUAGAUGCAUGGCAAAAACGUUUUGCUCAAGAGGUGAAGAAACUUCAAGCUGGUUAUAGUCAAGAGUACAAGACGUUUUCAUUUUCAAUGGCCACAUUGAAUGAAUCGCUGAAACAACAUACCAAGUUUAAUAUUAUUAAAUUGGCUAUUGUCGUUAGCUUAUUGAUGAUAUAUUGUAUGUUCAUGGGCCAAUACAUCGCUGUUUUCGGAGUAAUAAUGCUAAUAAUGAACACAAUAGCGGGUCUUGGAUUCUGUUCACUAUUGGGUGUACCACUAAACAUUCUCACCAUUCAAGUGGUACCAUAUUUAUGUGUUGGACUAUCGUUACGUGACGUUUGGAUAUUAUUACACAGUUAUAAACUAACAAAGGAUACUAAACAAACGUUAAAACAGUGUACCCCAAAUAUUAUUGCACAUAAUUUAUAUUUAAGUGCAACGUUUAUUGUGUGUAUUGUUUUACCAGUGCCAGCGCUUAAAGCUUGUGCUAUGCAGUGUGCAGUGUUAACGUUAUCGAAUGCUGUGGGUGUUUUAACCGUGUUCCCUGGAAUAUUAUCCAUUGAUCAACGUAGAAAACAGGCGUUUAAUAAUCGAGUGAAAAAUUAUCUAAAUCGACAAGGAAAUUAUUAUCACCAACCUCCAACGAAACGACAAACAUUUUCGAAAUCCGUAUCCGAAUGUUGUUGUGAGAGUGAUGAGAAAAUGCCAUCGAAAAAUUACAGCACGUUCUCAGCACCAGCCGAAUUUCUAUUAAACAGAGCAAUUAAGCUUGCAUGCUUAAUGUGUUUAGCUCUUGGAAUAUUUAUGGGCAUUUAUCAUGCAUACCAUUUAAAAUUCUCAUUACAAAUGCCAGAAUUUUUACCACGAAAUUGUUCCGAUUAUAAAUAUUUAAAAGUCCAUGAAAAGUAUUUUGGAUUUUAUAGUUUUAGUACCGUUACAAUGAACGUAAAUUAUCCGAGUAAUCAAUAUUUAAUUAAAGAAUAUCAUAACUCAAUCGUAAACACGAAAAAUGUUUUGAGUAGUGAAUCAAUCUCGUGGCUAGAAAUGUUCCAGAAUUAUUUAUCGAAAUUACAAGAAGAAUUCGAAGAGAAUCUUCAUAACAAUUGUUUAAAUAGUGAAAAAUGGUAUAAAAAUGCUACGAAAAACGCAAUACUGGCGUAUAAAUUGCUCGCAAACACGGGUAAUGUAAAUCAUCCAAUCGAGAAAUCGGAAAUUUUGACGAAGAAGCUGAUAACGAAUGGAUUAAUUGAAGAAGAACCGUAUUAUAAUUAUUUAAGUACGUGGUUCUCGAAUGAUCCAAUUGUUUCGUUUAUGCAAAAUACAUUCCGACCGAUUCCAAGACAUUUCUCCGCAUCGGAUGAAUAUGAUUUGAAGAUACCAAAAACGAAAGCGCUCAAAUAUGUUGAGACACAGUAUUAUGUCGAAAAAUUACAUAGUACAGAUGAUAUUAUCGAAUUAAUUCAAUCGAUACGAAAAACAAGUGAAAGUUUCAACGAAAAAGGAAUGAAGAAUUAUCCGAAAGGGAUAAUAUUCGCAUUUUAUGAUCAAUUUAUCGAUAUUUAUCAACAUUUUGCCGCAAUAUUUGGUGCUAAUUUCCUAGCAUGUUUUCUAUGUUCGUUUAUAUUAUUAAAUUUCAAUACUAGUCUAUUUUUAAUCGCUUUUAAAAUGACAUUAAUCAUUUUUCUGGCUAUUGGCUAUCAUUUCCUACAAAUUGACAUGAAUAUUGUGUUUGUGAUGACAACAAGCGUGGCAAUCACAAUAUUGGGACGUAAUUUAAUUGUGUUAAUUGAAGGUUUUGUUACAUCGAUUGGGAAUCGUGAACGACGGACACGAUUAACAAUUGAAUUAAAUAUGUGGCCACUAUUUCAAGGCAAUUUAUCAUUGUUGAUAUCGAUUGCCGUUUUUUAUACAUCCGAUUUUGAUUUUAUACGAAAAUAUUUAUUUUAUACGUUUAUUGUUACAAUUAUUGUCGAUUCGUUUAGUACGUUUUUAUUUUUUCCAAUAUUUUUGAGCUGUUUUGGACCAAAACCAAUGUUAAUUCCAUUGGAUCACGCAGAUCGAAUUGCAACCCCUUCACCAGUUCCAUCUCCUGUAAUCACACGAAAACAUCAUCAUCAUCACAAUAGAUCUAGAAGGCAUAGUUCGCAUAGCAGUUCACAUAGUAGUGAUAAUUGUGGUCCAGGAAUUGCGAAACAACAAACAACGCGAGAGCCAUCUUUGACCACAAUUACAGAGGAAAGUGGAUGCAGUAUUACAGUACAACCGGAAGUUGUUGUUCAAACUACAACUUAUAGUAAUCAGAAUGAUUCAAACAGUAGUCCAAAUAACAGUCAACAUGUCACCACAAAAGUAACAGCAACUGCCAACAUCAAAGUGGAAGUUCACUCCCGUCCAAAUAGCCGUCGUGAAGAUAGGGAACCAUAAAAUUGUACAAAAGAUAAAUGAGAGUAAAAUAUUUUUGUAAAAAUAUAGUUUAAUAAAAACACACAAAAAAAAUGUUUAACGAAAAACUACAUAAACGCUUUUGCAAGACUCAGCUCCAUUCAAACGUUAAACGACGUAAAACACUGACGUUAGUAGACAGAAUUUGUUACGUCACGUCAUAUGUAUGAUACCCGACUAAUGAUUGGUUCUGAUUAGUUAAACAUCAAUAAACGGCAGCGUUUUACGUUGUAAUGGAGCUAGCCUACAAACUUAAUUUUUACGCCCGCCCUUACACACACAGAGGCGUGCGUUUAAUAUGUACAAAAUUAAUUUUUGUUUUUAAA